AUGGCCGACAGGGGCUCGCAUCGUGGUGGACGGGGCGGCUAUCAGCAUCGUGGAGGCCGUGGGGGAGGUCGGGGCGGGGCGGCGUAUUCGGGUGGUGCUGGCGGGGACCACAAGGACAGAGAGAAGCCGAAGAAGGAGAACAUCCUCGACCUAAACAAGUACAUGGACAAGCGGAUAACGGUAAAAUUUAACGGUGGUCGCGAGGUCACUGGCUCUCUCAAAGGCUUUGAUGCGCUCAUGAACCUGGUGCUGGAUGAGGUAGAAGAGCCCCAUGAGGGAAACACACUAACCGUCUCACUAGACGAAGAAGGGAAUGAAUCUACGCGGUCCCUCGGACUGGUUGUUGCCCGUGGGACUCUCCUCGUUCUCAUCAGCCCAGUGGAUGGUAGCGAGGUCAUCGCUAACCCCUUCGUUAAUGAGGACUCUGACUAA